AUGGCUUGGUACAAUCAGACCGUCGACUCACUCUCCGAUUUCUUGGCAAGCCACCGCAGUCAACUUCCCCUCCUGGCCGCGACAGGGGCCUCGUUGACUGCGGCUUUUAUCCUGCGCUCGUUUCUAUCGGACUCUCAGCCGGAGGGGAAUGUCUAUCGUUCCCCUCUGGACAAGGUUAAGGCCUUGUCGGAUGCGGAAAACCGUGAAACUCCUCUGCCUAUCGAUGUUCUUCCCGGGGCCCGGGAUGUUCCCACCAGCUUUGGUGGCUCAAUGCGUGUAUAUGAGUGGGGCCCGGAGGAUGGCCCCAGGGUCCUUCUGAUCCACGGCAUUACGACCCCUUGUAUUGCAUUAGGCGGGUUAGCCCAUGCCCUGGUCGAUCGAGGGUGCCGUGUAAUGCUUUUCGAUCUUUUCGGAAGAGGCUAUUCCGAUUGUCCCUCGGAUCUGCCACAGGACGGCACGUUGUGGAAUCGACAGAUUUGGUCUGCCAUCAACUCGUCGCCUAUCUUCAAGAAGCCUGGGGAUCUCUGCCUGGUCGGCUACUCACUCGGCGGCGGUAUCGCGGCGAAUUUUGCGGCUUUCCAUCCUCAGGCUAUUUCCUCGCUGGUUCUCCUUGCGCCUGCUGGUUUGAUUCGUGAUUCUCGGAUCAGCUUCCAAUCUCAGCUUCUCUACUCGCACGACUGGAUACCAGAGAAACUACUGAAGUUCUUCGUCCGCCGUCGCCUACGCGCAGGUCCGUUGACAUCCAAGCCUGCGAACAAGAAGCUCAGCGCAGAAGAUGCGUUGGUCGAAGAACUUCCCAAUCAAGGUGCGACGGAGGUGCAGCGAUUGUCUCGGGCUUACCCACAUGUGAAUGUCCCCAGCACAGUCAAGUGGCAGGUGGAUGAGCAUCCCGGUUUUGUGCAUGCUUUCAUGUCCAGCAUGCGUUUUGGGCCCAUUCUGCAGCAGCGCCAACUGAAAGUAUGGAAGCAGCUGGGAGACUGGCUUGCCGCGGGGAAGAAGGCCGGCUCGGAUGCGAUUCCCGGUCUUCCCCAUGACAAGGUUCUCAUCAUGUAUGGUGAGCACGACGCAGUCAUUGUGAAAGACGAUCUCGUGCCCGAUGCCACUGCAGCACUACAAGGCCUCGCGAGCUUUAAGUCAUACGAUGCGGGCCAUGAGUUUCCAAGCACAAAGUACGAUGAUGUGGCUCAAUACAUGAUGGAAUUUCUGCAGCUCAAUGCUUCGACAAAUGGAAAUAUCUGA